AUGGAAGUUAGAAAACUGGUGUUCUCUGCAUCUAAAUAUUUCCGAAAUUUCCAAGGAAACUCCAUUUCUUAUAUUGAGGAAAAUAUUUGGAAGGCAUACCGUUGGACUGAGAAACUAAUUCUCAGUGAAAAUUCUUUGACCGAAUUACGUAAGGAUUCAUUUGAAGGCCUGCUAUCCCUCCAGCAUUUAGUUCUCAAUCGUAAUCCUCUGACAGCCAUCGAAGACUCGUAUCUUUUUAAAUUGCCAGCAUUAAAAUAUUUAGACAUGGGAACAACACAAGUGUCACUUACAACAGUUGAGAACAUCCUCAUAAUGACACUCAAGUUGGAAAAACUGAUCUUACCUAGCCAUAUGGCAUGCUGCCUGUGCCAGUUUAAAAGUACCAUUGAAGUUGUCUGCAAGACAGUGAAGCUGCAUUGUGACAGUGGAUGUCUGAUAAACAGCACACGUUGCAGUGAAGAAGCAUCUCUGGGGGCUGCAGAAGGAACAUUUAUGAAGGCAUUACAAGCCCGGAAGAAGAACACCAGCACUGAGCUCACUAUUGAGCCAGAAGCUGCAUCCUCAGACAGAAGUAGUGUCAACUUGUCAACUGUCCUGAAUGAGCCUCUAGGCUUUAAUGAUGAAAGUGAUGUUAUUAGUGCACUAAAUUACGUACUGCCUUAUUUCUCGGAGGGAAAUCUAGAACACAUAGAAUUGACGUUAUUACCAUUGAUUAAACUGCUUUUUUCAAAGGUACAAGAUAGAGAAAAGGCCCUGAGUGAUUUACAGAACAACACAGGGAAUCCCCCUCUUAAGCCUGAAAACAACAGUGCAACUUACAGAAGUAAAUUGAGGAAGCUCUAUUUUCUGGAGAAUUUGUUAGAUGCAGAAAUUCAAGAAAAAAAUGAUGAGGUUAAAAAGAAGGAAAAAACUGCCAUGCUUACGUAUCCCAAUUUUUUAGGUACCAAAUUUAAACGCCAAAUCUUUCAAAAGGAAUUGGAAACUGCUCAACCCCAGGAAAACCACCUGGCAAAGAUCCAGAGAACACGUGUUGGGAAAAGGCUGCAAAAGGUGAACAAAGUCCUCAAGAGGCCAAGGGGCAUAAAGAAAAGGCACUUCAAAGGAAUGGAAGAUCUGAGCAUCAAGAGGAAACAAGGGGCCAAGCCAUUUAUGGAGAACACGACCAAAGCAAGAAGGCCCCUAAGGCCACUCUCAAAGAAGGUGGAACGACUUCUCAAGGUGCGGAGGCAAAGGAAGUUAGGGGGAAUCUCCUUCAACACGGAGCCUUCAUCCAGCAAGGAACGUAAGGCAGCAGUCUCUUCUUCCCUGAAACAAUACUCCAUGGGCAGGCCUUCUACCUCUCCUUCUUCAAAAGCCCCACCUGAGGUUAGAAUCCUUUCAAAAGACUUGUCCUACACCUUUUUUGUCUUAGAAGAGGCAAAUGCUAGAGUUAAAAAUAUAAAAGAUACUGCUAAAUCAGUAUCACAUUCCAGAAAAAAUUACAUCUACCAUAAAUCUCGCUCUCGUUUGGUUCACAGGAGACCAAAGACCAAAACGAGUCGAAGGUUCAGAAAGGUCCGUAAACUGAUGCUUAGAAAUAGACCUCCUUCCUCUGCAGUGAGGAGCCUCAUAAAUUCCCCUCCACGAGAGGCAUUUUCAUCUUCAGGAGAACUGAGUUCUCCAGAAAAUCCUUUUCAAGAAUGGUUUCCUUUUUCAGGGCCAUCUGCAAAAAACAUUACUGUACACAAUGCUACCCCUGAAAUCACUGCCCAUAAGGAUCCUUCCACUGCAGAUUCUGCUGUGACUGCAGACAACUUCAUGGCACCUGUUAAACAAACAAAUGAAACGCAAUGGGAAUACCAGAACAUGGGCCCUGACUUACCCUCCAAGCCCCAUGGCUCCUCUCUCCCAUUGCUCUCAUCCCCAGGGGAUCAAUUUGAAACUCAGCUAAACCAGCAGCUACGGUCCCUCAUCCCCAACAACGAUGUGAGAAGGCUCAUUGCUCAUGUUAUGCGGACACUGAAACUGGACUGCUCAGAGCCCCAGGUACAACUGGCCUGUGCCAAGCUCCUCUCCAGAACAGGCCUCCUAAUGAAGCUUCUCAGUGAGCACCAAGAAGUCAAGGUGUCCAAGGCAGACUGGGAUACAGACCAAUGGAAAACUGAGAACUACAUCAACGAGAGCACAGAAGUCCAGAGUGAGCAAAAAGAGCAAGAGUUAAGUGAGCUCACAAAAGAAGUUCCAGGAUAUGGAUAUAACCACAAACUCAUCUUGGCGAUAUCUGUGACUGUGGUUGUAAUGAUUUUAAUUUUCUGCCUCAUUAAGGUAAGGACAACAAUUAUUUCAAGUUUCCAGAAUAAUAUUUUGUCUUUGUAAUAGAUUCAAAAGCCACAAACUGAAAAUUAAAGCCACUUUCCCACCUGCUACUACUUGAUAUUCCUCUUCAGUCACUAGGGCUGGGAUGUGCUUGGUUCUUUUAUUACAAACUGUAUUCCAGGGAUUUUGAAAGGAACCCUACUCCCAGGAGAUCUUGGUGGAGUUGAAACCAAGAUAGCAAGCCAUUAGACUAUUUUGAGAAGCUAAAUUUAAGAAGGCCAGAGUUGACAUGAUUGCAAAAUUUCUUCAACCCAAAACUGUGGCAGUGAUUUGAUGUAGACACCAGUCACUUUCAUUCUAUCCCUGAUUUCUUUCCCUGUUGGUUGAAAUGAUGAGGAAAAGAAA